AUGAACUUCGCACCGUACCAAGAUGAAUCUCCAGACGUCGAGCGCGCGCUCUCUCCCUCCAUCAUAGACGCCAACCGCACCAAGUCCGCCCGAUCUUCACCCCCAGUACAAAAUGUUCCGUCAAACCUUCCCUCUCCGAGCGCCUUUGCCGGCCAAGGAAGAAGCAGUUUGGAGCACAAUGUGAGCACGGGUUUCGGAAGUGAGCGGUACGUUGAAGGCCGCAGGUCGGAUGUGAGCGCGUUUGAAACAAGCCUCCCACUCCCGCUGGGCGUCGAGGCAAUGCUGGCAUAUCUAUUACUUCCUCCUGCGGGCGGAGUUUUUUUGCUGCUGGUGGAGCAUAAGAGCGAUUAUGUACGGUUUCAUGCCUGGCAGUCGGGCAUGCUGUUUACCACGAUAUUCAUAAUCCACAUGUUAUUCGCCUGGACGAGCAUAAUCUCAUGGCUCCUCUUCAUCGCUGACAUAUGCUUAAUCGCGUUCCUAGCCGCCCACGCAUACCGUGACGAUGCAGUUGACACUCUCGACCACUACGAAGUCCCUUUCUUCGGCCGCCUAGCCAAUUCUUUCGUUGACGCUGAAUGA